AUUAAAAUAAUUAGAAAACAAUUAAUAGUUUGAGUGAAAGAGUGAUUGAAUUGACGGUCAGUUCGAAGAGAGACUGAGAGAUGAAGCGAAAGCUAAAUGUCGUGAAAGCGUUGACCGAAAGCCAAAUCGGUUUAAUCCGAUCUCCUUAUCGACAAUCACUGGAAAUCAUGCACUCAUUGAUCAGAAAUAAAAGCACCAAAUUUGAGAGGAUAUGGUCCGAGACAUCCAAACAACCCAUCGUUUACGACGAGUCAGUCAUUCAGUGCGGAAAAGACAGUUUGCCGUCGACUUUGUAUAGACUCCAGAAGAAUACGAAAAUUAAGAGAUUUGAAGACGUCUUUAUGCACACCGGACCCGUUAGCUGUACUCCACUUCCUCGCGAGGACUACAGACCGUACUUCUUAGCCCUCACUUCAGACAAUUGGCUCAUUCGAUACGAUAAUGUAAGCGGAAAAGUAUUACAAGAAAUCUAUUUGGGAACUGUUCAGAGGUAUAGCUUCCGUCACGUCGAUUGGGAAACACAGGGGGAGACCAUUGUGUUGCAGUCGACGCUCUUCCCUAACAUCAAUACCUCGAGACCGCCUAAUAAGCAGAAGCAUAGAGUGGUUAUGGCGAUGGCUAUCUUCAAGAUUAUGCCCAUUAGGUUCAUUGGACUCUUCGAAGUGGAUCAGGCGAUCUUUGGGAAGGAGGUGAACAGCGCCAACAUAUCGGAAGGACUUCUAAUCGUAGGAAUCGGUUACCAAAAGAACGCUAAGAUUCGCAUUUAUAGUCUUCCGGAAAUUCUUGAGCCAAAGAAUCGUUUGUUUGAAGCGAAUCUUGACAUGAAAUGUGAUGACUUGGGGGGAAAAGUGGGUCAAUACCCCUUUGGGUUACCUCUUAAUUAUAAGAUGACAUCAGUUCCAACACUUUUGUUUGAAGUGAAGUGUAGUGAACAGAAUCUACAUUUCGGAGGCUAUCCGUGGCAUUACGUGACCAACCCGUCCAAUACAUCCGGUGUGUAUGAAGUGAGAAAUGUUGCCAAUAAUCAAUUGGCAGAAAGCGGUCGCUUUGAUGUGCCCAACGAUACGACAGUCGCCGACAUUUUAACCUUUCAUUCGGAUGACAGCGGAAGACUUAUAUACGAAUCGGGAAAUUAUAUCAAGUUUUACAAAAUCUCGGGUCAAAUGAAUGAGUCUUUGGUUAGACAACAGUUUGAACUGAAGUUUGCGAUCAGCGAUAAGACCCCGAAUGGGGAGUCAUUCACUGCCAGAGUUAACGGUUGCAGAGAGGCCUCCAAAAACAUUUGUUACGCCGAAAAAUCUGAGCGCCAAAUUCUUGCCACAGAUUUUGAAAAUGAAAUUGAGAUGUAUUUAAUGCUAGGAAUCAACACUCAGUCCAAUAAAAAGAAAAACGGACUCUUGAGUAUAUGUGACAACAAAACGGGAGAUACUUUACAUGAGUUUCCGUUAGGCCUAUCACUCGACGAGAACUCGGAUUAUUCACUUGUGAUGGAUUUGGACACAAUUGUGGUGACAUGUAAACAGAAUUCUUGCAAUAAAUACGAGUGCCAUAUAUUCCGAAUGUCCAGAGAUUAUGAAAUCGAUUCAUCGAAAGCUCAGUUUCCGGACAACAGUGAAGACGACUUAAACAAUGGAACAGUUCGUAAGAAACGGAAGAAAAAGAUCCGAAAACAACUGAACGCCGGGGUGAGAUGGGUGUCGAUGAGUGGUCACCAAAAUCUCAAAACCAAACCUUUGAAUCGGGUUUUAAUCGCAAAUCGCGGAGAAAUAGCGAUACGAGUGAUGAAAAGCGCCAAAAGAUUAGGUAUUGAGACGAUUGCCGUCUAUUCGGACGCCGACUGCAACUCAAUGCACACCCGAAUGGCUGACCAAAGCUAUUGCAUCGGACCCUCGCCUUCCUCUCAGAGCUAUUUAGACAAACAGAAGAUAAUAGAUGUGGCGAUCGCUUCCAAUGCCUGUGCCAUACAUCCCGGGUAUGGCUUUCUGUCUGAAAAUGUGGAGUUCGCCCAAAUGUGUGCCAAUCAUAACAUCAUAUUCAUUGGUCCAAAAGCCGAUGCCAUCAGAGAUAUGGGCAUUAAGUCGACCUCCAAAACCAUAAUGUCUGCGGCAGGCGUUCCAGUAGUUCCCGGAUAUCACGGCGACAAUCAGGACGACAAGUAUUUGUUAGAAGAGGCCAUCAAAAUAGGUUUUCCUGUUAUGAUCAAAGCGGUGAGGGGUGGCGGAGGGAAAGGCAUGAGAAUUGCUUUACAAGAAAAGGAUUUCAUACAAGAGUUAGAGUCCGCCCGAAGGGAAGCCAUGAAGUCGUUUGGAGAUCAGGCAAUGCUUAUCGAAAAGUUUGUUCCCAAUCCGAGACACAUUGAGGUGCAGGUCUUCGGCGAUUCGUUUGGGAAUUUUGUUUAUCUGUUUGAAAGAGACUGUUCUGUCCAACGAAGACAUCAGAAGAUCAUAGAGGAGGCGCCGGCGCCGCACAUCACGGAACAGAUUAGACACGACUUGGGAACGGCUGCCGUCAAGGCUGCCAAAGCUGUCAAUUAUUUGGGCGCCGGAACUGUUGAGUUCAUAUUUGAUCCAAAAGACUCCAAAUUCUAUUUCAUGGAAAUGAAUACUCGUCUACAAGUGGAACAUCCGGUCACUGAAAUGAUAUCCGGAACUGAUUUGGUUGAGUGGCAGCUUAGGGUCGCCGCCGGACAGGAGUUACCACUAAAACAAAGUGAUUUGAAACUAAACGGACACUCAUUUGAAGCGAGAAUCUAUGCGGAAGAUCCUGAAAACAACUUCAUGCCCGGCGCCGGACCUCUCACUCGUUUGGAAACUCCCGUUCCGUCAUCUGAUGUGCGCAUCGAGACUGGUGUUAGAUCUGGCGAUGAGGUGUCCGUCCACUACGACCCUAUGAUUGCAAAACUGGUGGUUUGGGGACACAAUAGAGAGACUGCUCUGAGAAAACUGCGCCAAUCGUUAAUACAAUACAAUAUCGUUGGUCUCAAAACAAAUGUUGACUUUUUGUUGAGACUUUCCAAUCACUCGGAAUUCGAGAGCGGAAACGUCUACACGGAGUUCAUUGCAGACCAUCACAAAGAUCUGUUCCCAACCACAGACACCUCAUCUGAAGUGUUGUGUUCAGCGGUCAUCGCUCUCAUACUCAAUGAGAAAUCGACUCAAAUUCAUAGGAAUAAUGUUUCUUCAGAACCGUUCUCUCCGUUCAAUAUCUGCGAUGACAAACGUCUUCACGAAAUACCAGUCUUUCGGUUCUUUGAUUUACUCGAUUCUAACCAAAAUUCUCAUGAAAUUAGAGUUGAUUUCAAUUCAAACCAAACAUUUAACGUGAAAACAGGAAACGAUAUCUUCGACAAUAUUCGUGCAGAAUAUGAACCAAAAGAUAAUGAAUUAAGUGUUGAGAUCAAUGGUAUUCGAAGCAAACAAAGAGUUCUGAUCACAGAUAACAUGGUUUCCAUAUUCACAAGAGACGGAUCACACACUUUUGAAACCAAAAUUCCCGACUAUUUAAAGACACAAACUGUUGAUUCUGUGUCGGACUCGCGCACAGUAUGCGCUCCAAUGCCCGGAGUUAUCGAUAAAAUUCUAGUUUCUGAGAAUCAAAGUGUCAAAAGUGGUGAUAGUCUUGUGGUAAUGAUAGCAAUGAAAAUGGAGUACGUUAUCAAAGCCAAUGCGGACGCAGUGGUGAAUGAACUUCUGUAUAAACCGGGAGAUAAUGUGCCAAAAGGGGCACAACUGUUAAGUUUUAAAUGA